AGAGCAUGGCAACACGCCACCCAUGCCUCAACUGAUGCUAGGAUCACACGGGGGUGUGCGGGCGGCCCUGCAACGGGCCCACCGAUGGGGGCUGCAGGGGGAACCUUUUCAGAAUAACCUGGAAAAGACGCACAGCUCAGAGCCAACAUCAUACGAUCUUCAAACCCCAUCGACCUCAUCACUUUCACAGUCAUGGAGGAAGAGAAGGGGGAAACUCGUCACCCUCUUCACAAUAUGCAGUAUCUUCCUGCUAGUAGCUGCGCUAUCCUCAAUUUACCUGGAAGAGGUGAGUUGGGCAGGGGUGGUGACAUGCCUGACACUGGGGGUCUUCGGCUACAUACUGUUAAGCUACUUGAGGUCGCCAAGUGAACGGGAACCAACUCCUGUGAUGCAAGAAGGUGUUGUCACCCAAAGCAAGAUUAUUGUUGAUGAGCGGUCACCAAGUCCAGAUGUUAAAAGUUUAGGUGUCUCCAUUCCUCUUGCUCUCACCCUGGCUGACAGCCUGCUAUUGAGUGUGCUCCAGGAGCCUCUAGCGGACCCCAGCGGGCCCCAUGUGCAGGAUCUCCUCUCCAGACUUGAGUCCAUGUUCCACAUACUCGAAAGUGUUCACUCGCCGUCCGAGUCCAGAGAGGAGGACCAUAUUUUGAUUGAAAAAGUCACGCUCAUUCAAAGUUAUCUACAUAAAAGGAGUAGUUCGCUAAGGAGGCUUCUACAGGUGCAAGCUGAAUAUGAGUCUAGCGUAAAGGAACUGCGGGAGGGCGUGGAGGACCGCUGGGGCCGACUUGAGGAGCUCCACACUGGAGUUACGCUCACAAAAGAAGGUGGUGAAGACCAAGUCGACUUGGCCUCGGCCCAUCAGGAUGCAGAGUCUUUUUUUGCAGUCUUGAGCCACCAUAGGGAGCAACUAGAGGGCUGCCAGGAUCUUCUGAAAGACAGCACACAACUCCUCCAGGAGUUAAUAUGGAGUCACAGCCAUGCAGGCAACACACUCAAAAAUUGCAGUAGUGAGUCCAUUUGGCCGGAAAUGCUUCUCCAGUCCAACAUGGAGCAGUUUGACAAGGUGCAAGAGAGCUUCCUGUCCCUGGAGCAGCAGACCGCCACCUUCCAAGCCCACCUGAAGGGCCUCGCUACUGGGAAAGAGACUCGCGGAGCCUCCUCGCCAGACUUCAACGGCAAAGUCGCCGCUGAAAUUUCCGCUGAGCAUCCCGAUUCCGACGACGACUCGGAUGCUCGCAAGUCUUUGUGCGAGAGGUCAGCACAGCAUUUGUCAUCUACAAUCGGACGCUUACGUAAAUCUGGAAAAAAGAAGAAAAAACUGAUUGGACAUUAAUCAUUUUAGGUUUUUUGAAGUGUCUAAAUUAUAGAUGUGAUCAUGACUGUAAAGGGUGGUUUGUCUAGAUGUGCCUUGUGAUUGGCAGGCGACCAGUCCAGGUGUACCACACCGUCGACCGGGGUUCCAGGGCUAUAAAUAAAAUCCAUAUUUAAUUUAAAACGCAUUCAACACAAGGGGGCGCAAUAACAUCAGUUUUCAGCAACCAGCUGUGCAGCACCUUAUUAGUCAUACAAAGUUUUCAGUCUGUUAGCUGUUUUACACUAGCACAUAUUUGUGUAAACUUAUUAUGCCAACGGUAGCAGAAGUAGGAGAAGCAUGAAAAAAUGAGCAGGAAUUUUUUAAAAGUACAACCCACUAAAUUCUUCCAACAUGACUGUUUUAAACCAAAAAUGUAAUUUUGGACAUGGGUCCUCGAGGCAUAGAAAUCCAAAAUUGCUCCUUCAAACCAACACUGUCCACUUACUGUUGAAUUUCAGCGUGCUUUCUGAUAUAUUUUGUAAUGUGUACAUACUGUUAUAUUAAAGAUGUCCACUCAUUUUCAUGUCAAUCGAUAAAACUGUGGUCGAGGGCUGAUUUGACCCCUGAAAAGUCAUAAUAAUGGGGCUAAAUAGGCAUGCACCAAUCACCAUUUUCUAUCCGAACACCGAUUUGUACAAAAGCGUAUGCCUUUAAAAUUAUAUCUUCGUUUACAAAAAAAAAAAAAAAUCAGUAUUUUGUAUUACAAAAAGAGACUCGUUAGGUUUAAGGGAAUUAAUAAAAUAACUUUCUGGAUCAAAGAACUACUUAAAUUUGAUCAGGUCACAAAGUCUUUUUUUCUUUUUCGCAUCUUAAUACCUGUUAAAGGGAACAGACUUAAAGACUUAAAGGCUCUAAUAAGCCUAAUCUAAUAAUUCUCUUUUACUAAUAUACUAUAUUAUUGCCAUUGAUUUAAAAAUCUAUAAUAUUUAGUACACGUUUUGGCCUACGGAGAACGCCAUGUUUGGGGGCGAUGAUGUGGUUGGGCUUGACUGGGGAGAACAGCUGUGCUAGCUAGCAAGGGAAGCUAGUAUGACGUUGGCAUGAUUUUGUCACAUUCUGCUGCUGGUCAGAUUGUUUUGUUACAGAGCUGUGGAAUGAUUUCGCAACGUCGUACCUGCAUCCAAUUCCAGCUCAUCAGCAGUGUAUUUAAACCGAUCUUAGGCGGCUUGCCACGUUAUUGACUUGCUGUUCGAAUAUUUCGAAUUCGAAUAUUUUUUUCUUAUCGAAUACUCGAGUUAAUCGAUUAAUCGUUGCAGCACUAGAGCAGUGUAUCCUCCAACAUUAGACAAAUUACAAUACUUUUUGGAUAGUUAUUUUCAGAUAUAAGGGUACUUAAUGGGUUAAUAUAGAUUUACGCGGAAAUUCGGGUUAUUUCGCCAUCGUAGGAAUGGAACUCGUUCGUAACCCGGAGACUACAUGACCAGGAAUGUCCGCAACAAAAUGCUAGCAGGCUAAUGUAACUAACUGAUGUUAGACACGAUCGACAGACAAAACCGGUUAUAUUACUAGUGAUUGUCCGAUCACCGAUCGAUCCCCCCAAAUUUAUUAAAGCGGUACAACUUGCUAUUGAACAGUUACUAAUACCUGAUAAUACCUGAGACUCUGGCGCUGACAUGUGUUAUAGACAUUCCUGUAGGCCAGUACUUCUCAAAUAGUGGGGCGCGCCCCCCUGGGGGGGCGCAGAGUGAUGCCAGGGGGGGCGCAUGUGUCCUCGGGGAACAUACUUUUUUCUUUUUUGCCGGACUGGAAUUAAGUGUACUUGCACAUCCACUCAGUGGGUGGCAGUGGCGCUCUCAUUUUCAGAGUGCGUGCAGUAUUUUUGAACUAAGGAAGAGCACUCAGCACACAGAAAACAGAUAUGAAGAGCAGCGCGCCGCCGCCGUUUUAGAAAGCCGUUUUCCGACCGGACUCACUCACGCUGCGACCCACUGUCUUGUCCGGUUCUCACGUCGCCGCCCGAGAAGUGCCAUUUUCGGCUUGGGAUCGUCACGACGACCGCCCUCACCUACGGUUCUACCUCGGCCGCCAAGAAUGCGCUUUUUUCGUGCCGUUUGUCUUUUAGCUUUGACUUUUAAUACAAUGGGUGAUGAGGAAAUACCACUGUUUACUGUGUCUAAAAAUAAUUACAGCGGACUGCCAGAAGCCAAAUCAAUUAAGACGCCACUUAAAGACAUUCGACCCCAAUCUCAUUGAUAAGCCGUUUUUCAGUGAAAACGUGCCGAAUAUUGCCAACAAUCGUCCUGCUUUGUCAGUGUUAUAUCAAUAAACCAGUGAGCAUUGUUAGCAUGCUCAUUGCAAAAUGACUCCACACCAUUGCAAAGGAGGUAAUACUGAGUGUGAGCAGCAAAAAUAAAAACUGUCCUUCUGUCCAAGGACACUCUUUUUUUCCUUUAUUCAUUUUUGUUUUUUCGGUCAAAUUUUUUGGCAUAUUGUCCUCAUGAGUGAAUGUUUCUAAUCAAUUUGAAUUUGUUAUUAUUUACGGAUUUUAUUACAUUUUAUUUUUCUGUAUCAAAUGGUCAAAAAUGUACCUUGAGUGUAUUUUUACAGUUUGAAUGUGACUUUUUUUUUUUUAAUUCGGGCAAAUUGAUGCACGUCAAGUCUCUGUUACAAACAAAACAAUGUUAAUAAAGUUAUACUUUAUUAUAAGUUGAUCUAUGUUACUUUUUUUCUUUAUUAGAAAAAAAGGACACAAUGUUAGGCAGAUGCGUAUUUAUAAUAGUAAUUUUAUAGACAAAUAAUACUAUUUACAGUGGCGGCAGAGAGUUUGGGGGGGCGCGAAACAUUUACGUCU